UCCCAAACUCCAAAAAUGGCAACUAACAGUGAAUGCUUCAACAACCCGCCGCCACUGAGCUCAACCUCCGGACCUGGGACUCUCCUACAACUUGGGGGCCUUACGACCUACGUCGCUGGCCCAUCUGAAUCCAAGCUUGCAAUCCUUCUCAUCUCCGAUAUUUGGGGCUAUGAAAACCUAAAUCUGAGGAAAAUAGCGGAUAAAGUUGCUGCAGCCGGAUUUUUGGCGGUAGUUCCUGAUUUCUUUUAUGGCGACCCUGUUAAUCCCGCUAACCCGCAGUUUGAUGCUGAGAUAUGGUUCAAAAUUCAUAGCACGGAGAGAGGAUGUGAAGAUGCAAAACCGUUGAUUGCUGCUCUGAAGAGUCAAGGCGUUUCCGCCAUCGGAGCUGCAGGCUUUUGCUGGGGAGGGAAUGUGGCGGUGAAACUAGGGAAAACCGAUGAGAUUCAGGCCGCUGUAAUACUGCAUCCUGGUCGAUUAACAGAUGAGGAAAUCGAUCAGGUUAAGGUUCCUACUGCAAUAUUGGGAGCUGAGACUGACAAGCAUUCACCCGCUGAACAAAUCAAACACUUUGGGGAUAUUUUGUCAACUAAAUCUGAGCUGUUUGAUAGCUUUGUGAAAAUAUAUCCUGGAGCGGCUCAUGGAUGGACAACAAAGUACAAUUCUGAGGAUGAAAUGGCAGUCAAGAGAGCUGAGGAGGCUCAUUUGGACAUGUUAAAUUGGCUUACCAAGUAUGUCAAGUGAAAAGUUGGUUGGUUGUACCAAAACAAGAAUAAUUGACAGGCUUAUUUUUUUGGUAUACAACUUGGAACUCAAAUUCGAUUUCACUUUUUUGCUAGAACAAAAUAUCGUCAUUUUACACCUUGAAACUCAA